AUGAUGGGCUCCGUGCUCCCGGCGGAGGCCCUGGUGCUCAAGACGGGGCUGAAGGCGCCGGGGCUGACGCUGGCGGAGGUCAUCACCUCCGACAUCCUGCACAGCUUCCUGUACGGCCGCUGGCGCAACGUGCUGGGCGAGCAGCUCUUCGAGGACAAGGGCCACCACGCCAGCCCCAAGACGGCCUUCACCGCCGAGGUCCUGGCGCAGUCCUUCUCCGGCGAGGUGCAGAAGCUGUCCAGUCUGGUGCUGCCGGCCGAAGUGAUCAUCGCGCAGAGCUCCAUCCCCGGCGAGGGCCUCGGCAUCUUCUCCAAGACGUGGAUCAAGGCGGGCACGGAGAUGGGCCCCUUCACCGGGCGCGUGCUGGCUCCCGAGCACGUGGACAUCUGCAAAAACAACAACCUCAUGUGGGAGGUGUUCAAUGAGGAUGGCACCGUGCGCUACUUCAUUGACGCAAGCCAGGAGGACCACCGGAGCUGGAUGACCUACAUCAAGUGCGCCCGGAAUGAGCAGGAACAGAACCUAGAGGUGGUCCAGAUUGGCACCAGCAUCUUCUACAAGGCCAUUGAGAUGAUCCCCCCGGACCAGGAGCUGCUGGUGUGGUAUGGGAACUCCCACAACACCUUCCUGGGCAUCCCCGGGGUGCCCGGGCUGGAGGAGGAGCAGAAGAAGAACAAGCACGAGGACUUCCACCCGGCGGACUCCGCAGCCGGCACCGCGGGCCGCAUGCGCUGCGUCAUUUGCCACCGCGGCUUCAACUCCCGCAGCAACCUGCGCUCGCACAUGCGCAUCCACACGCUGGACAAGCCCUUCGUGUGCCGCUUCUGCAACCGCCGCUUCAGCCAGUCGUCCACGCUGCGCAACCACGUGCGCCUGCACACGGGCGAGCGCCCCUACAAGUGCCAGGUGUGCCAGAGCGCCUACUCGCAGCUGGCCGGCCUGCGCGCGCACCAGAAGAGCGCGCGCCACCGGCCGCCCAGCGCCGCGCUGCAGGCGCACUCGCCCGCGCUGCCCGCGCCGCACGCGCACGCACCCGCCCUGGCCGCCGCCGCCGCCGCAGCCGCCGCCGCCGCCGCCGCGCACCACCUGCCGGCCAUGGUGCUGUGA